AUGACCACUACUAUCACCACCACCGUCCCCUCUUAUGUCCCCCGCGGCCCAACCGCCGCCGAGCUCACCUUCUAUGCGCCUCCCCCGGACAAGACCGCGCCCUUCAACUAUGUCGAGACUCCACCACCGGGCCACCCGCAGCGCAACUAUCGCGAGGUGCCUCACAACGUGUCUUUGAACGAUAUCCGCGGCGACGAAGCACAAUUCACCCUCGACAAAGACGCCUUCCAAGCACUACAACACAUCCCCACCGCCACCACCUACACAACCUUCGACUCCGACGCCGCCGUCCGCGACACUUACUACCCAGAAGUAGAAGCACUCCUCCUCAACCACCUCCCAGGCGCCCACAAAAUCGUGCUCUUCGACCACACGAUCCGGCGCCAGACCCCCGACGCACCACGCCAGCCCGUCACCCGCGCGCACGUCGACCAGACAGCCCGCGCGGCAGAAGAGCGCGUCCGGCUGCACGUCGCAGACCCUGCUGAGGCCGAGGCCCUGCUGCAGGGCCGCUACCGCAUCGUGAAUGUGUGGCGCUCCCUCAGCGAUGAGCCGGUGCAGUCGGCUCCGCUGGCGUUUGCCUCAGCUGCCUCGGUCGAUGCCGCUGAUCUCGUUCCCAUCCAGCAUCGCUACCCGAAUCGCACGGGCGAGACUAUGGGCGUGCAGUUUAACCCGGCACAAAAAUGGCUUUAUUGGUCUGGCAUGACGGGGGAGGAACGCUUGCUGCUUAAGUGCUCUGAUACUCAGGCUCGGUCGGAUCCUGCUAUUGGGCAGUGGGUGCCGCAUUCUGCGUUUUGGGAUCCUCGGACGCCUGAGGGGGCUCGACCGAGGGAGAGCAUUGAGGUGCGUGCUUUGGUAUUUGGGUGA